CGGCGGCCAGGGGAUAAAUUCCGAGUCGGGCGGUUCCAACCCCUCACCUGUGAUGCAAAGCAAGGGGACGCAGUGCUUUUGGCAUUACUUUUAACGUGUACAAAAGGCACUGGAAAAUACUGUUAGAUAGCAUCUUUCUCCGACUUUGGAAAACUGAACAUAAUGGGAACAUCACAGAAGCAAGAAUGUAAUACAUGGUUGACUAAUAGUAUGGAGUCCAGGCUUGAAAUGUGACGGUGUGUGUGACAGAGAUACUGUUGCCAGCACCUCAGCCAAACCCUGCCACUCUUUAGGAAAGGAAAUCGGUUGGAUUUUCCUUAUGAUGACUGUGCUCUUUAUGCAUACGAAAAAUGAGAAAAAUUAUAGACCACACUGCAGUAACCCUCUAGCACUAACCUGCUCCAGGAAACAGUUGCAUAGGGGCUAAAGAUUCUUUUUCCUUAUAAAAUCGAUAAAAUAGUCUCUUUUUUUCUGGCUUUCUUAGCCGUGUCCAAAAUUUUCCUUUCGGAAAAAGAAGUAGAAAACCUAUACAAACUCCUGUCUUUGAAGCCUGCCCUUGGGCUCAAUUUAAAGUAGUUCAGAGGGUAGGUUAGCCAAUUAUCUGAGAAAUUGGAAGCUGUGGGAGAUGGCCUGAUAGUGAUAUCUUGAACAUCUCUGAGUCUUACCUAAUGAAAAUUUAGAAAGUGUUGCAAACUGUCUGGUGGUUACAAGCAGUUCACUGUUAAAGUUCCUCUGGCAGCUCCUGUCUCCUAAAGUGGACUGAUUUAGGACCCUGGUUCUGUUAGGCUGGGAGAAAAACAGAAAGCAUGGUUACAAAAAGUGUGGGUCUUAUGAUGGUGGAAUUGUGAUUUACAACUCCAGUGGACCAACCCUCUUUCUAAACACCAGUUGGAAAAGAGAUGACUGAUUUUUAGUAAAGGUUUAAGAAAAAGCAAAGCUUCAGGCCUACCACUCUGCUAACAGUUUUAACAAGUGAUAGUUAAUAUAAUUUGCAUAUGUUGGAUUAUUUUCAGAAAAUAUAUUGGAUACAUCUCAUCAACCCUGUUCUUUGUUUACAGGAGUGGCAAGCCACGGUGUCACCCAAUUUGGAUCCUGGCUUCCCUCAAAAGACUGUUAAGGCUAAUGUUUGAUUACCUGCUGGGGAAACCAACACUGCAUGUAAAUAGAUAUGUAGAUAUUUUUAAAAAGAAAGACUACUGGUUUUGACCCAGUUUUUUUUCCCAACCACAUUUGUAUAUAUGGAUUUUCUUCACCAAAAAGAUCACUUUAAGUGCACCCUUGGAGCAUGUGGAUAAUGUGACGGUUGGGAUGUAGUGAUGUCGACUCUCUGUCCUCCGCCAUCGCCAGCUGUUGCCAAGACAGAGAUUGCUUUAAGCGGUGAAUCACCUUUAUUAGCAGCCACCUUUGCUUACUGGGACAAUAUUCUUGGUCCUAGAGUAAGACACAUUUGGGCUCCAAAGACAGAACAGGUCCUUCUCAGCGAUGGAGAAAUAACUUUUCUUGCCAACCACACCCUAAAUGGAGAAAUCCUUCGAAAUGCAGAGAGCGGGGCUAUAGAUGUAAAGUUUUUUGUCUUAUCGGAAAAGGGAGUCAUUAUUGUUUCAUUAAUCUUCGAUGGAAACUGGAAUGGGGACAGGAGCACAUAUGGACUGUCAAUUAUACUUCCACAGACAGAGCUCAGCUUCUACCUCCCACUUCACAGAGUGUGUGUUGAUAGAUUAACACACAUUAUCCGGAAAGGAAGAAUAUGGAUGCAUAAAGAAAGGCAAGAGAAUGUCCAGAAGAUAGUGUUAGAAGGCACAGAGAGAAUGGAAGAUCAGGGUCAGAGUAUUAUUCCAAUGCUUACUGGAGAAGUAAUUCCUGUAAUGGAACUGCUUUCGUCUAUGAAGUCACACAGUGUUCCUGAAGAAAUAGAUAUUGCUGAAACAGUUCUCAAUGAUGAUGACAUUGGUGAUAGCUGUCAUGAAGGCUUUCUUCUCAAUGCCAUUAGCUCACACUUACAAACCUGUGGCUGUUCUGUCGUAGUAGGCAGCAGUGCAGAGAAAGUAAAUAAGAUAGUAAAAACAUUAUGCCUUUUUCUGACUCCAGCAGAGAGAAAAUGCUCCAGAUUAUGUGAAGCAGAAUCAUCAUUUAAAUAUGAGUCAGGGCUCUUUGUCCAAGGCCUGCUGAAGGAUUCAACUGGAAGCUUUGUGCUACCCUUCCGGCAGGUCAUGUAUGCUCCCUACCCCAGCACACACAUAGACGUGGAUAUCAAUACCGUCAAGCAGAUGCCACCCUGUCAUGAGCACAUCUAUAAUCAGCGCAGGUACAUGCGAUCAGAGCUGACGGCAUUCUGGAGAGCCACUUCAGAGGAGGACAUGGCUCAGGAUACGAUCAUCUACACGGAUGAAAGCUUCACUCCUGAUUUGAAUAUUUUUCAAGAUGUCUUACACAGAGACACGCUAGUAAAAGCCUUCCUGGAUCAGGUCUUUCAUUUGAAACCUGGUUUAUCUCUCAGGAGUACUUUCCUUGCACAGUUUCUACUCGUCCUUCACAGAAAAGCCUUGACGCUAGUAAAAUACAUAGAAGAUGAUACGCAGAAGGGGAAAAAGCCCUUUAAAUCUCUUCGGAACCUGAAGAUAGACCUUGAUUUAACAGCAGAGGGCGAUCUUAACAUAAUAAUGGCUCUGGCUGAGAAAAUUAAACCAGGCCUACAUUCAUUUAUCUUUGGAAGAUCUUUCUAUACUAGUGUACAAGAACGAGAUGUUCUAAUGACUUUCUAAAUGUGUAACUUACUAAAUAUAUUUCAUCACAAUCAUGAUUGCUGCUAAACUAGCUCAGUGGUAUGAGACACAUCAGUCCCUGGGGUCAUACCCAGAGUCCUAUUUAGCAAUGGCAGUUAAGAUUAGUUACACUACACUUGUCACUAGAAGUCUGCAAGGAAAUGUCAACAAUGUUAGCAAUGGAUGGAUCUUUUCCUAGUUGUGCUCUCUUGGGAUACAGACUUAUGUUUACAGUUAUAAUAAAUAUUAUCGCUAUCUUUAAGAAAGAUAUAAUAAUAGGAUAUAAACUUGACCACAGCUACGUUUUUUGAAACUUAGGAUUCAUGGUUUACAUGUACCGAAGUGAAAUCUGAGUUAGCCUCCGGAGACAGAGUACUAGUUGACUUCGCACCUUUUGGUGUUUCUUGGUCCUUGGGAUUACUGUAAUACUGUUGCAAUCAGCUCAGAACUAGGGCAUCUGAAUCAUUUCAGUUCCACAGACCAGAAGUUAACUUGAACCUAGACUAAGCUUGAGAAAGAAAAUAUUCAAGCAGAUGUUUAAUUAAAGUUAAUUAUUAGAUCCUACUCUGUAGACUUAGUCAUUCAGACUCAGCCUGUGUAGAAAUGUCAAGCAGUGUGUAGAGUCCGAUCAUGAUGAACACAGGGUGGUUUUGUUUGUUUUUUUAAGGUCUGUCAAAGAAAAUAUAGGAAAUUGGAUUUUAAGUUUCAGUAGUAGUUGCCAACUUUUUUAAUUGAUUUUCAUUAUUUUUGAGCCAAGUGGAAAUGUGUACCUUCUGUGCCCUUUUUUCCCUUGGAGAAUAUAAUUACUUGGAGGAAAUUUGGAUUUCACUAGUCAGUCAUUGUCAUUUUGUUUUCCUCUCGUAUAGUCUUACCCUGAUGGGGCAAUCAUUGUAACUCCGAGGCUAUUAAAUGCAAUAGAGAACAUACUAAUAUCUCUUUUCAGGAAUAGAGAAUAGUAUCUUGUCUUCUUACAUUUCUGCACAUAUUUUUGAAGUUGUUGCCAUGUGUCUUUGCCCGCAUUGUGUGAGGAGUAGCAGGAGAAACUUGACUGACAUGCUGUUUUACUAGGUGCUCCUUUGGCAGAACUGAGUGGUUUGUUUCUUUUGUUUUUUAAAUGUGUUUGGACCAUUUUGCUAGCUAUAAAAUAACAUAAUUCUGUGCUAGAACAGUGUUGACAUAAUAGAAGUAUAUGUAAGCAUAAAAAAAGUUAUUUAAAACUGGAAGUAACACAAAAGGGAAAAUAUUUAUAAGAAAGGGAUAAAAGUGAUGAGCCCCUCUGCCCUUACCCAGAUUUACCCAAAAACAUGCUGUGUUCUGAAAAGUCCUAAUGGCCUUUCACAUCACUAUAAGAAAGAUUUGACACACACUGAACUAGGUGACUGAUGCUCAGUCAUAAAAAAUGUACACAUGCCACCUCGGUAUAUCCUGUACUCUGUGUUUUAAGUGAUAGAUUACUUAAGUGCUGACUGAUUUUCUUUUUUUGCUGGUUUAUUGUGUUGUUAUAUUGAAUGCAAGUUGUACAGUGAAAUAAGUUAUUAAAGCAUGUGUAAACAUUGCUACAUAUAUUUUCUCCUAGAAGGAGAAUUUCGAAUAAAAUGUCUUUGAAAUUUUG